AUGUCUUCAGCACCGCCAACCGCCGCCAACAUGGGCGCAGACCUCAAGAACACCGCUGCGCCUGCCAAAGUAAAGGUACCGAUUGCGAUAUCUGGUAAUUUCAAGAAAUUCACGCUGACCUCGCACAAGCCCUGCUGCGUAUGCACCGACGAGAAAGCGAAACGCGACGAGUGCAUGCUCUUCUCCACCUCGAACGAUGCGCAGAAGGAAUGCGCCGACCUCGUUGGUCAGUACAAACAGUGCAUGGCCGGAUACGGCUUCAAAAUAUAGCUACCUAUGGCAGCGGUGUAUAUACUAGACGAACACACAAUACUUGUACAACAAAGGCAUAUGGGUGGCGUUGAGCGAUAGAUGGUUUCAUGCUUUGGAUGGUUUCAUGUAGUUGAGUAUAUGAAUGAAACCGGAAUCUUCCCUCCAAA